UGAGACAGAAAGAGAAGGGGAGGGGUGAUAUAAAGGCUGGUUCCCUGUUGCUCGCUCCCAUUCCUUCUGGUUUUUUUUGAGUGGGUUUGAUCUGCAGGGGAUUCUCCAGUAUGAUAUUUUUGUUUACGGCCACCUUCGCCAUCCUGGCACUCUCCUCCCUGGACCAGGUGGAUUCUUCAGCCUAUGACAAGAUAGUCACACACAGUCGCAUCAGGGCUAAGAAAGAAGGGCCCAAUGUGUGCGCUUUACAGCAGGUCAUGGGGACAAAGAAAAAGUACUUCAGCACAUGCAGGAACUGGUACAAGAAAUCCAUCUGUGGCAAGGCGGCGAUGGUAUUAUAUGAGUGCUGCCCAGGUUACAUGAAGUUAGACGGGAAGAGUGGAUGCCCUGCAGUGGCCCCUAUUGACACUGUUUACGGCACCCUGGAUCUGGUGAAAGCCAAGAUCACCCAGCGAUAUGCGGACCAAUCCAAACUGAGGGAAGAAAUUGAGGGAGCAGGAUCUUACACAAUGUUUGCACCCAGUGACGAUGCCUGGGAAGAUUUAGAUCCUGUAUCGAAAGAUGCCAUGGUCAACAGUGGAAAUCUUGAGCUUUACAAUGCACUCCACUAUCACAUGGUCAACAAACGUCUUCUCACUAAGGACCUGAAGAAUGAUAUGACUCUGGAGUCCAUGUAUAACAAACAAGGCCUCUAUAUCAAUCACUACUCGAAUGGAGUUGUCACUGUGAACUGUGCCCGGAUCAUUCACGGCAACCAGGUGGCCACUAAUGGAGUUGUGCAUGUCAUUGAUCGGGUCAUCAGCGUCGUACGCCAAACGAUAAAUGACGUGAUCGAAAACGAUGAUGAACUGUCUACGCUGAACACAGCUGUUGUGAAUUCGGGACUCCAGGCCCAACUGGAUGAGCCCGGACACUACACACUUUUUGCUCCAACCAACGAUGCAUUUGAUAAACUAGACAGCGAUGUCCUGGAGAGACUUAUGAGUGACACAACUGUACUUCAAGCCCUGUUGAAGUACCACCUCCUGAACUCAGUGCAGUGCUCUGAGGCCAUUAUGGCGGGCUCCAUCUAUGGGACCCUUGAGGGCAGUAAUAUUGAGAUUGGAUGUGAUGGUGAGAGCCUUACAGUCAAUGGUAUCAAGAUGGUGCUGAAGAAGGACAUUGUCACCACCAAUGGGGUCAUUCAUUUGAUCGACCAGGUGCUCAUGCCUGACUCGGCCAAGCAGGUGAUGGAGCUUGUGGGCAAAUCUCAGAGCAUGUUCAGUGACUUGGUGUCUGAGCUCGGGCUCUCUGCAGCCAUGCAGCCUGAGACUGAGUAUACUCUUCUCGCCCCACUGAAUGGAGCCUUUUCUGAUGAGGUAAUGUCCAUGGAUCAGCGUCUCCUGAAGAUUAUUCUGGAAAACCACAUCCUGAAAUUCAAGGUCUCUCUGAAUGAACUCUACAACGGCCAGCUGCUCGAGACCAUUGGAGGAAAACUGCUCCGAGUCUUUAUUUAUCGCACGGCUGUGUGUAUUGAGAAUGCAUGUAUGGUCAGAGGCAGCAGAGAAGGAAGUAACGGAGUCCUUCAUCUCAUGAGGUCCCUGAUCCGGCCGCCCCAGACAACCAUCUAUGAGCUGCUCUUGAAAGACGGACGAUUCAAAAUCUUCCUGUCUCUGAUGGAGAGUGCUGGACUAACAGACCUGCUGAAGCAGGAGGGAUCGUACACACUCUUUGCUCCAAUCGAUGCCGCUUUUGGAACCCUGACAGAGGAAGACAUGGCUCUUUUAAAAAUUGACAUCAACGCCCUCAGGGCAAUCCUGCUCUACCAUUUUAGUAAUGGCAUCUUUAUUAAUGGAGGACUGGAGGGUGGAGUGACUAAUCUUCUCAAGACCAUACAGGGCAACAACCUUCAAGUGCUUUCGGUUAACAACUCCAUCCAUGUAAAUUCAGUGGAGGUUCCAGAUUUUGAUCUUAUGGCAUCCAAUGGAGUGAUCCAUGUAGUGAAGACUAUAUUAUAUCCUCAAGAUCUGCCAGUUGGCCGUGAAGACACAUUGAUUCUGCUGAGGAGACUCAUCAAAUAUAUGCAGCUGAAGUUUGUAUCUGGAUUCACCUAUCAUGAGAUUCCACUUACAUUCAUCAAGAGGACUAUAACUACACAUGUCAUUGAGAAAGGUCCCGAGAUCAAGGUCACUAGGUUCAUUGAGCGUGAGCCCAUUAAAGUUACAAGAGUGGUUGAAGGAGAGCCAAGCAUCACCAAAGUUACACGAGUAGUCGAAGGAGAACCAAGCAUCACCAAAGUUACACGAGUGGUUGGAGAGCCAAGCAUCACCAAAGUUACCAGAGUGGUUGAAGGUCAACCAAGUGUCACCAAAGUUACACGAGUGGUUGAAGGAGAACCAAGCAUCACCAAAGUUACCAGAGUGGUUGAAGGACAACCAUCUGUUACAAAGGUCACAAGGCUCAUUGAAACUCACAGUGCCUCAUCUGAUGGUGAAAUUGAUGCUGAGGGAGAAAUCAAGAGAAUCGUGGGUGAAGAUAUAACCAAGGUGCAAACGUUUCGACGUGGUGACAUACAUAUCCUCCAGGAUGAAGACAUCAGACAAAUCACUGAUGCAAUCACUCAGGGAGGUGGACCAGGCAUCACCACUAUAACUAAAGUAAUCAAACCAGAGCCCCGGGUUGUUGAAAGUGAACCAGGGAUCAGCACCUAUACCAGAGUAAUCAAGAAAGAGUCUCAGAUCGCUGAAGGUGCACCAGGGGAAACCACUAUUACCAGAGUAAUUAAACCAGAACCGCAGAUCAUUGAAGGACCAGAUUUCUCAAAGAUUGUAUCUUUGAAGGACAAUCCAGAACUCUUUGAAUCAGAAACCGAGAGAAUCACCAGAAUCAUCAAGGAGGGACGUUCUCAAAAACGAGCCGCCGUCAGACAACCGCAAGGAUUAAGACGAAGAGUGAGACUGGUCAGGCAUCACUCCAAACCCAAACAGUGAGAUGAAUGGAGGCUCACUGUACCUGAAGAUCCAGCCUAAGUGAAAAUCAUUGUUGUAGAACAGUGUGUUUGCCCUGAAAAUAUGCUUUUACUACAAACCACAUGUUUACACAUUACAAACUAGUGCAGUAAUAUCUUGGAUCUGUGUGGCAAACACAAAAACCCACUUCAACUCCGAUAAGGGGUACUUGAAAUGGUGGUGGUUAGAAAGAGAGACAUUGGUCAUUUUUUUCCCAGCUGUUUAUAUUGUUUCUUUGAAUAUAUACUGUAUGAGCCGCCUUGUCAUUGAGCUUGUCGUGCACAUGAUAUUUUGUGGUGCUUGCAUUCAGACACAUGAAUGCAUUUUUAUCUGAUCAGGAUCAGAAUAGCUUUGGCUGUUGUUUACUUUAAAUUAUGCAGCUUGUAACUUUCCAUCAUUCCGCUGAAGUUCAUUUUUAUGAAUUUAUUCAUGUAAAACUUUUUUUAAUAGACAUAUCAUUACAUUGAAAUAAGCCUCAAUGGAGCUUAAAAAAAUAAAACAAUUUCUGCUUAAAACAA